AGUCGCCAUGGACGAACAGGCAGCUCAACUGCUCAGGGACCUGAUGUCCGUAGACAACGACACUCGGCAGAAUGCUGAACAGAGGUUUGAUGCCAUCCAACCCCCACAGAAACUCAUGUUCCUGUUAACCUGUUACACCCUGCAAGGCCAGACAGAUGACCAGCGUCUUUUGUCGAUGAUCCUCUUGCGGCGAUUGAUCACGUCGGAGUUCGACGGAUUCUAUCCUGUAUUACCUGUCGAACACCAGCAGCAGCUGAAAGAUCAUCUCCUCAAGAGCAUCGAAGCCGAAACGACGCCUCAAGUUGGUUUGAGGAUCUCUGAAUGCACGGCCGAACUGGCUCGAAACCUCGCCGAUGACGCGUUGAACCUGCCCUGGCCGGAACUUCAGGAACGCAUUCUAAUGUGGGCAGGCAGUCAGAACGACCACUGGCGUAGGGCGGGUUUGCACAUUCUCGCCGAUUUUCCCGGUGUCCUCGGGCCGCAGAGCGUGGAAAUCGUCAGGACCGUCCUGUGCGCAACCCUGCAACCGGUCAACUCCCCGGUAAUCCGGGUCGCAGCUGCCACCGCGGUGAGCGCGUUUCUUCGCUCGGAUAUCAUGGACACUCACGAGAAGCAGAUGAGGUUCGCCGAUCUCAUUCCUCUGAUGGUUCAACUCCUCGCCGAUCAAAAAGAAGAGACCGACGACACGGUCAUCGAAGGCCUGACCGAGCUGGCGGAGCAGUGUCCGAAAAUCCUGAGAUCUCACCUGAAUCACCUGUUGGAUAUCUGCCUCGCCUACAUACAAGACCCGGCGACUCUCGAGAGCCGACGAAAUCUCUGCCUCGAAUUAAUCGUGACGCUUUGCGAGUCCGCCCCGGCAAUGAUGAGAAAGUUCGCUGUGCGUCACAUCAACGCUCUGCUGCCGCUAAUUCUCAUGAUGAUGGCCGAUAUUGAAGAAGACAGGGCCUGGGACUCGAACGAUAACUGUGACAGGGACGAGGUGGAGAACGAUUGUCCCGCCGUCGUCGGGGAGAGUUCCCUGGACCGUCUGGCUAUCGCUCUCGGCGGUAAAGCUUUACUCUCGUCGGCUAUGGAAGUUCUUGCGCCGUUGCUCAACUCGCCCGACUGGAAACAGCGGCACGCGGCGCUCAUGGCGAUCUCGAGUAUGGGUGAAGGGUGCAAGAAGCAGAUGACAGGCAUGCUCGACCAGAUCGUUGAAGGGGUCCUUAGGUUUUUGGGCGAUUCACAUCCCAGAGUCCGAUACGCGGCCAUCAACUGUCUCGGACAGAUGGCAAACGAUUUCGCUCCAACUUUCGAGAAGAAGUUCCACUCCACGGUAUUGCCUCGUCUUUGUGAUAUAAUGGCCGAUAACCGUCAUCCGCGCGUUCAGGCUCAUGCCGGAGCGGCGUUGGUGAAUUUCUUCGAGGAGUGCCCUAAAAAAAUUAUCGUCCAAUAUCUCAGCGUCAUCGCUCCGCCGCUGGCUGGUAUUCUGCAGACGCAGAUGAACGAACUGGCGACUCGCGGACUCAAGUUGGUGCUCGAACAAGUGCUGGUCACUACGUCGGCGCUAGCCGACAGCUGCGGAAAAGACUUCAUUCCCUUCUACGACAGCUUUGUACCUCAAUUAAAAUACAUCAUCGAAAGAGCUAAUACGAAAGAACUCGAGCUUCUGCGUGGUAAGGCCAUCGAAUGCGUGUCCCUGAUCGGUGUCGCCGUGGGAAAAGAAAGAUUCACGGGCGACGCCGCCGGGGUCAUGGAGCUACUGCUUGCCAACGAAAUCCACCUUCACCUAGCGGAAGACUCGCCACUUCUCUCGUACAUGAUCUACGCGUGGAUGCGACUCUGCAAAAUCCUCGGACGGGAAUUUGAGAGAUACCUUCCUAGCGUCAUGCCCUCGGUUAUGAAAACCGCGGCUCUUAGCCCUCAGAUAUCACUUAUCGACGAAGAUGAAGUACCGGACGAAGCUGACAACGAGGAAUGGACAUACGUCUCGUUCGAUGACCACCGAUCCGUCGGAAUCCGAACAACAGGUCUGGAAGAGAAGGCGACGGCAUUUGAAAUGCUCGUUUGUUUCUCCAAAGAACUCAAGGAGAGCUUCGGUCCUUAUGUUUCGGAGGUCUUGAAGGUUGCUGUCCCCACUCUGAAGUUCUGUUUCCAUGAAGGAGUGCGUAUCUCCGCCGCGAACUGCAUACCGGAUCUCCUGGCGUGCGCGAAAGCAAACAACUUGAACCUCCCAGAGCUCUGGCAAUUCACCCUGCCGGAAAUCCUCAGCGCACUCGACGAGGAGACUGAAAUGGAAGUCUUGCCCGAAGUCGUUGACUGCCUAGCGCGUUGUGUCGACGUGGUCGGAGCUCCGGGUCUCAAUCAGGAGCAAGUCAGAAAAAUGAUGUCGAUUGUCACCAAGUGCCUGAACCAACAUUUCGAACGCGAUCUCGAGCGCCAGAAGCAAAGGCGCGACGAGGACUACGAUGAGGACGUCGAGGAAAAGCUCCAGGAGCAGGGCGAAGAAGACGGCUACCUCUUGACGCGGGUCGAAGAACUCAACCGACAAUUGUGUAAGGCGCUCGGAGCGGAAAUGAUUCCUUUCCUCGAUGAAGUUGUUCCGCUUUUCGCUCGUCUACUUCAGAACGAUCGGCCGGUGGCCGACAUACAAUGGGCAUUGUGUUUCUACGAUGACAUAACCGAGUGCGCCGGAGCAGUGGCGGCGAUUCGGUACAAGGAUGUCUUCGCCGACAAACUCAUCGAGUACAUCGUCCAUCCGUCACCAGAGAUCCGCCAGGCUUCCGCGUACGGUUGCGGAAUCCUCGCCAAAUUCGGAGAUGAACAGCUGGUUUGUUACCUGAGUCGAGCGAUCCCGAGUCUUUGCCAGGUGAUCAGUCAACCGGACAGUCGGUGUGAGAAAAACGUUGCGGCCACCGAAAACGCGAUUUCUGCAAUCGCGAAAAUCAUCAUGUAUCGACCCUCCGCCGUGCAGAACAUGGACGAACUGAUCAGGAUGUUCGCCCAAUGGCUCCCGAUCACCGAAGACGACGAGGAGAUCGAACCCUGCCUCGAGUUGGUUUGCGGACUCAUGGAGCAGAACCACGCCGCGUUGCUCGGUGUCAACAACGAGAACGUACCCCGACUGAUCGCCUUUAUGCUCGACGCUAUUCGUAACAACUCGAUCGAGAGGACUUCGCCCAUUGGUCAGAGGUGCAUUGCUCUUGUGCAAGUCAUUCAGAACAGCCGAGAAAUUUUCGAGGCUUGCGCCAGAAGUCUUAGCGAUCAGCAGAGAGAGGUGUUGCGCAGCCUUCUUCCCCAGUGAUGAGGCUCCAGAGACUGGAAAACUGCGGUGCGAGAACACGGAGAACGGGCGAUCCUACCCAG